GAAGUCAUUUAAAGUUGUGAAUCAAUCGUUAAAGUUGUUAAAAUUUCUCCCGUUAUUGCAUUAGUUCCCUUCUGUCUACUUUAAACAUGUGUAAGUUUUAAAACUGUUUCAUCAUUUAAAGAUAGAUUUAAGUUAAGAUUUUGCCGAUUUAGGAGCAUUUUAGAUAAAAAAAGAAAUUACUUCGGUUCGCUAGGAAGGAUCUCUACAUCAGGGCCUUCCUGAGAGGUCUACUGCUUUAAGAUGGCGGCUGUUUACAAACGCAUGUAGUCCUUAAAACAUGUUGGCAAUGCAGCAGUGUCUGUCAUUUGCAUCUAGUUCUAUAAUAUGAUAUCUACCGUGUCAUGUGAGUGUAGUUUGUCGGCUAUGGCUGCAGUCAGGUAUUAUUGGAGCCACCUAGCAUCGCGGUGUCAACGGCGUCUUCCCCACUCCUGCUCUGCUCUCGUCCCCGUGUGACAAUCCCAGUCUACUGUGUAGUGGAAUAUGCCGACAUGGGCGUGGCCAGUAAUGGCGAAGGACACGGUCACUGCCAUGCAGAAUUCGUGCUGAUCCGGAAAGACAUUCCGUUUGCACAACUGGUGGAGACCGCGUUGAUAUCGCUGGGGUACUCGCAGGGCUCAGCCGUACAGGCCCGAGGUAUCAUCAAAGUAGGCCAGUGGAAACCGAUGCCCAUCCAGAACCUAACAGAUGCUCCAGAAGCCACUGUGGCUGAUAUGCUGUUGGAUGUUUACCAUAUGGUCACGCUUCGAAUUCUGCUGCACAGUUUUGCACAGAUGGAAGAGCUUCCCGCUGAUCAGUGGACGCACAGCACAGUGAAGAAAGCCCUAAAAGAGUUGCUAAGAGAAUCCAGUCAGAACGCUCUGGCCAAGGAUUGUCCGCUCUCCCAGAAUACAAUCUCCGCUAUCAUCAACAAUUCACAUUACGCCAAUGUCUCCAACUCCAAAUGCCAGGAAUUCGGACGCUGGUACAAACGUCACAAAUGCAACCAAGUGGAGCGAGACUGGGAGCCAAGUAUCGUCAACAAGCGUCUUCCUUCUCAAUUACCCUACAUGGGUGGCCCUAGAACCAUCAAAAGCCACCCAAUGGACCAGCAGGACCACACCCUGCCACACGAUAUCAACCCUUCCCCCAGCCCCCCUUUAGGGGCUCCAUCUCAUCUGGCACACAGUGGUCUCCUGCCUCCGCAGCUCAUGCGCCAUCAGCUCGCAGUGGCGCACUUCAUCAACCAGCAACUGGCCGUCAACCGCCUGCUUUCGCAGCAGCCCUCUGGCCCCAGACCUUACAUCAAUCACCCGCCCAUUUCACGGAUGUGCAAAGAUCCAGCGGAGCCCGGCACCACGUAUUCAGGAGUUGAAGUGUGUUCUGACAUCUACCACCGAGUUCGGAUCGAGCUAAAGAGAGCCAGUGUCUCUCAAGCUGUCUUUGCUCGAGUAGCUUUUAACCGGACGCAGGGCUUGCUAUCAGAGAUCCUGCGCAAGGAGGAAGAUCCCCGCUCAGCCUCACAGUCACUCCUGGUAAACCUAAAGGCCAUGCAGGGUUUUCUACGUCUACCGGAAGGAGAACGAGAUCGCAUCUACCAGGAGGAGCGAGAGAGGAAUACCCAAACAAACAACAACCACAUCUCCAAUGGCAGUGCUCACAGACACAUGCUGACCAAGUCAAACGUUGAGACUACACAGACACCAGAUUCCCACGGAAUCAUCACGUCGAGGAUCUACGAGGAAAUCCAGCAGGAGAUGAAAAGGGCGAAGGUCUCCCAGAGUCUGUUUGCCAAAGUCUCCGCCAACAAAAGCCAAGGUUGGUUGUGUGAGCUACUCAGAUGGAAAGAAAACCCGAGCCAGGAGAACCGUACACUGUGGGAGAACCUGUGCACAAUCCGCAGAUUUCUUUCCAUCCCCCAGGCCCAACGAGAUCGCGUUUAUGAAGAAGAGGCGAGGCAUCCGCACAUCGAGAAGCUCCCACCUGGCCAACACAUCCCUGAACAGCAGGCACCACCCUUUCCACCUUUGAGGGCUAUAUCCCCUUUUCACGUAGACCCACAGCUCAUCACAUUACCUCUCCUCUGUGGUUCAGAGAGCGGCUCUGAUCACAGAAUGAGCCCUAGCCUCGGAGAACCAAAAAAGGCCCGUUCACGAACCCGAAUUUCCUUGGAAGCUUUGGGGAUCCUGCAGAGCUUCAUUGGUGACGUAGGGCUCUACCCUGACCAGGAGGCCAUUCACACCUUGUCAGCUCAACUGGACCUGCCCAAGCACACUAUUGUCAAGUUCUUCCAGAACCAGCGGUACAACUAUAAGCAUCAUAAUUCCAAGGAGUCUGGUCCUAAGGAGGACAAUCAGGAGUCUCUCUCCGAGCUGGGACAAGAAGAAGAACGAUUCUGCGUGUCUCUGGACUCUGGUGAAGAUGCAGAUGCAACUGAGAGAGAGACAGAAAUGGAUCUGGAUGAGAGAGAUGAUGGGAAAGCCUCAGCAAUGGCGACAUCAUCCUUGUCUCCAUUUAGUAGUCUAGAUAGCCCAAGUUCUACGGGACAGCAGAGAUAACAAAAGAUUUUACAUCCUAUCCUGUCAUAUUGGUUUAUUACUUUCACAUUCAAAGCAAUUGUUUUGGCCACAAUAACAGGAAAACCUCCACAUCAACUGCAGCCACAGUUGCAUAUUGUAGACAUUUGCAUUUAAUUUAUUGUUCCGUUGUUGGUGCACCAAAAAAAUUUGAUGUGAAACUCAACAAUAAACACGUGUAUUUAUUACAAACUUUA